UAGCAAGUAGCAGCUAGCAGAUAUUUGGGGCCUUUUCUCUUUCUCUCUCUUAUUAGAGCCAUCUUUCUUUCCUUUACUAAGAAAAAAGCUUCAAUCUUUCUAAAUUCAGUGCUUCUCUUUUCUUUUUUCUUUUCGUGGAGAUACAAAUAGAAUAACACAGUCACAGUGAGUGUCACUAAAGCAUGGAAAUCUCCAAAGGGCUUGACUUGGAGUCCUCUAUACCAGCUCCAUCAUUGUUUAUAGAGAGCUGAACGAUGGAGCGGACCAGAUUGGAUUUAAGAUUUCAUAACUCUGGAUCAACAGAAUCAGAGGAAUCCGCUUUAGAUUUGGAAAGGAAUUGCUGCAACCAUGUUAAUAUGCCUUCAUCAAGUCCUUCACCUAUUCAACCCUUUGCAUCCGGCACUCAGCAUCCCGAGAGCAAUGCUGCCUACUUCUCAUGGCCUACUUCAAGUCGAUUAAUUGAUGCGGCAGAAGAUAGAGCAAACUAUUUUGGGAACCUACAGAAAGGUGUGUUGCCAGAAACUCUUGGACGGUUACCAUCAGGGCAGCAAGCAACCACCUUACUUGAGUUGAUGACCAUUAGAGCAUUUCACAGUAAAAAGCUGCGCAGGUUUAGUCUUGGCACAGCAAUUGGGUUCCGUAUUCGACGGGGUGUUUUGACAGAUAUACCAGCUAUUCUUGUCUUUGUUGCUCGUAAAGUUCACAGGCAAUGGCUUAGCCAGUUUCAAUGCUUACCUGCUGCUCUUGAGGGGCCAGGAGGUGUGUGGUGUGAUGUAGAUGUGGUGGAGUUUUCUUAUUAUGGUGCACCUGCUGCAACUCCAAAAGAGCAAUUAUAUACUGAGCUUGUAGAUGGCUUUAGGGGAAGUGAUCCAGUCAUUGGUUCUGGUUCACAGGUUGCCAGCCAAGAGACAUAUGGAACACUGGGUGCUAUUGUGAGGAGCCGAACAGGAAAUCGGCAGGUAGGUUUUCUUACAAAUCGGCAUGUUGCAGUUGACUUGGACUACCCAAAUCAGAAGAUGUUUCAUCCUUUACCGCCCAACCUUGGGCCUGGAGUUUACCUUGGUGCCGUAGAGCGGGCAACCUCAUUUAUCACCGAUGACCUUUGGUAUGGAAUCUUUGCUGGUAUAAAUCCAGAAACAUUUGUGCGGGCAGAUGGGGCUUUUAUUCCGUUUGCUGAUGAUUUCAAUAUGAACAAUGUAACUACAACUAUAAAAGGCAUAGGUCAGAUCUGUGAUGUCCAUAUCAUAGACUUGCAAUCUCCAAUCAGCAGUCUCAUUGGGAGGCAAGUCGUCAAAGUGGGAAGAAGCUCCGGCUUGACCAUUGGGACAAUAAUGGCAUAUGCUUUAGAGUACAAUGAUGAGAAAGGGAUCUGUUUUUUUACUGAUUUCCUUGUAGUUGGCGAGAACCAGCAGACUUUUGACCUUGAAGGAGACAGUGGAAGCCUCAUACUAUUAAAGGGUCAGAAUGGGGAGAAGCCACAGCCUGUUGGGAUCAUUUGGGGUGGGACUGCUAACAGGGGUCGGUUGAAACUCAAAGUUGGCCAACCCCCAGAAAAUUGGACUAGCGGAGUUGAUCUUGGACGUCUUCUAGACCUCCUUGAACUUGAUCUCAUCACAACCAAUGAGGGGCUUCAAGCUGCAGUGCAAGAUCAAAGAAAUGCUUCCGCAGCUGGGAUGGAUUCUACGGUUGGGGAGUCUUCUCCUCUGGUCCGGGUUCCAUCCAAGGAUAGGAUUGAAGAAAACUUGGAGCCAAUUAAUUUAAAUAUCCAGCAAGUUCUGACUGAAGACAAGUCCUGGCAAGGGCUUGUGCUACCAAUCAUGUGUACCGAACAUAGAGCUGAAGAUAGGGUUGAAGCAGGCUCUAAUGUGGAACAUCAAUUUAUCCCUAGUUCCAACGGAAGGUCUCCCGUUAAUAACCAACAGGGAAAUGGAAAUGUGGAAUCUAGAAAUCUUUCAGCAUUAAGGAAUGGAUCAGAUGAGGAGAUUUAUGUCUCACUGCAGUUAGGAGAGCCGGAACCAAAACGAAGAAAAUAUUCUGUAGCAUCAAAGACUUGAAGUGAGAAUAAUGGAGUAGAGGCAAUUUGCUUGGAGAUAUAUCAUCCUAUCAAAAUCAGGUCACACAAUUAUUUCUGUUGCUUAAAAUUUGUGUGCUUUCCUGAUUAUUAUAUGUAUGAAAGAAAACUGUAAGUAUCGGACCGCAUGAAGGAGUUCGAGGUUACCUGGGGGAAUUAUGUCAUUUUCCCCCUAACACCAUGCUAGGUUUACAUGUAUGCAUUAUACGGUCUUAGUGGGAAAAAAGAAAUAAUGGUUAGGCGGUAGUAGCACCUUGGCUAUAUUUUUCUUUGAUUCAUGUUACUGUGUCGAAUUGGUGUACCAUAAAGCACUCCGAAAGUGGGAGUAUGGACAGCUAUCAAGAAUGAAAAACAUGGAAACAAUAUGUUUUUGAUGAAUCUACAACUUGGUGAUAGCACUUGGGUUCCCCA